ACAAAAUUCGGCAGUAAAAUCAUACUGUCAGAUGACUUUUUGCAGGUUGAACAAACUGUAUGAGCCGGUGAGAAUCAAUGUGCAAGAACUCACGCUGACUCUGGAAACAGCUAAGCAGGUGGUUUUAGUUUCUGUGAAGAAUUAACAGGUGUUCGCUGAUUGACUAAAAAAUGAUCAGACUUCUAAACCAAAUGUAAUUCGUCUCCAUUUCCUUAAAUAGUUGGUAGGUUUUUCGUACUAAAAUAGGCUUAUACUAUUCAAAAACAUAAACGAAAACUAGCAUUAUCGUCGGGCGCGUUUUCUUUUUUCAUUUCAGUGAUUUGACCACCUUGAUGGAAGUAAGAUGUUAUCAAGAAACAGUGGUUAGUUGUAAUCGAAAUGCGUGGUUUCUUUGAAUAUGAAUCCGGCAUUUUUCACUAGGGGCAAAUACCAAAUGUAAAUAAACCCAAAUUGUUUUUGGUCUCUGUUGGCUAACCUAAUUUGCAUAUGUGCGUUUUAACAGGAGUCAGAUGUUUAAUCUUGGUACAGUCAAGUCAAGCCGCCAAGCUACAGAAACGGCGUUGUUGCCGGUGAGAUUUGUUUUCAAGAAAGCGCCUCUUUAAACGAUGCACUGGCCUAAACCUUAGAGAUUUAUUUUAGUGCCGGAUAAAAUCAUUUCUUUGUUCCACGAAAGACGUCGGCGGAGUCAACCACAAGCAAUAGCAAGGGAUGGCAGACGAAACAACAGAACGUGAAACGACAGAGAUGGAGUUAUUCCCCGCUAAAGAGGAAAAUCACCAAGCGAAAGAAAAACCAGUAACAAUCCUUGCUUUCUACAUUUUCGGCUUCUUGAUUUAUGCGAUUUACUCACUGAUAAUAUCGGGUGCUCAAGACAUUCUUGCAGGAACAUUUGUUCCCACAUCAGCCGUGCUGGUUGCCAACGUCGGACCAUAUUUUGUCAUCACUGUGGUGGCUCCGUAUUUCAUCCAAAAAAUCGCGUAUUUCCCCCGUGUGAUGGCCAUAUUUUUUCUUGAGGCUACAGGACUUAUCAUGGUGGCCACAGCCAAGCGAGUUGGAGUGAGAUUGUUGGGGGUUUCAUUAUCUUCGUUUGGAUUUGGUUUAGGGGAGUUAUCUUUCAUAGCCAUGACGUCUUUCUACCAUGAUACGGCAGUUAGCGCCUUCUCAGCCGGUACAGGGACUGGUAUUUCACUAGCGCCCCUAUAUUACACAGCCAUGACAACAUGGGCUUGUGUGUCUCCCCCCUUGACCAUUUCUAUCAUGGCUGUCAGUUUGGUGUUGCUGUUGAUAUUCUACGGUCUGAUGGAGCGAAAGCACUCUCAGUCUUGGCAGUCUACAGCAAACGGAAUCACUCACAAGGACAUUCAAUAUUCACCUAUCGAGGAACAGGAAACAGACAUCGGUGACGAGCAUUUAACUUGGAAGGAAAAAUGUUCAGCGAUCAAAAGUGUGCUACCGAUCAUUGCUUCCAUAAUCAGUGCAUGGAUUGCAGAAUAUCUGAUCAUCCAAUCCGUCAUCACCACGAUAGCGUUCCCGAGCGCUCCGUUUCCACCUCGCGACCACUAUCAGUAUUAUAUCUUCGUUUUCCUGUUCGGGGAACUGUUCGGUAGAUCGUAUUUGAUCGUUUUGUCGUAUCUCAUGCCGAAUGUAGCUCGAAAGCUAACCAUACGCAGAAUAUGGUUUCUUGCUGUAGCAGAGAUAGGAAUUUUACUUUUCUUCUUGCUGGCGGCUUGGUACCGCUUUUUAAGUGACGUUUCUAUAGUUUUGGUUCUUGCCUUCAUCGGUGGUCUGGUAAUUGGCGUUAUGUACGUAAAUAUGUUAGCGAUUUAUUCUGAAAUCGAGGAGCCGAAAUCCAGAGAGUUUGUUCUGGGGUACGCCUCUGCUGCGACUGGCGCUGGGGCGAUUACCGCUGGCUUGUUAGGAUUGCUGAUCGAGCCGUGGUUGCGUCGUCACUGUUUAAGUGUGGCAGCAAAUAGCAGCUUUUGUUUCACUCGUUUGCAGGGAGGUGGAGUUUGUAAAUAGACAAAGCAAACAACGACAGCAAGAGAAUUUUUUCAAGCAUUAAUUUUGACUGGGUUCACUUAGGAUAGUACUGAUUCAAACCAGAAUGGAUUCGAACGAAAUAGAUUUGUAAUUGUUUCCCAACAGGGAACACAAAAAUAACUUAACAUAGCUAUCCGCUUUGCUUAAAUUUAAAUUUGCAAUUGCUGUUGUAUGGUCUGUUUGAUUCAAUGCUGUUAUAUGGUCUGUUUGCUCCAAUCAAUACAAGUGUAAAACAAACAAACAAACAAACAAAACAACUAACAAACAAACAAAUAGGGCAAAAUUCACCGAUCGUUUUCAACAGUUACAGGUUGGUGCUACAUAUAAACAACCCGCAGGUGCAGGUAGUUUCACUCUAGGUUUAGGAAUUGUCUCAUGAAGACAACUGCGUCUCUAAAAUUAUAAUUAACUCAAAUACCGAUUGAAGCGCAGAGAAGCGUUUUUAAAAAAGAAGUGUCUAUGUUGCGGAAUGCAUUUUACCGUACCAAAUAAGGUGUGGUAGUUCUUGGAACAAGGAAGCUGUCUGUUAUGAUAAUGUAGGCAGAGUUCAUAUGGCGUUUAGUCUUCUCACUGGGGCAAAAGGGACUGUAUCUAAUGACGAGAUGGUACAGUCCAUUAGGGGUAGAGUUUAUAAGAAGUAAAUGUUGGCCUCCUGAAGGACCUGUAGCCGAAAUGUUUUUGCUCCACUGCGGAAAAUUGUUCGAGAACAUCCUGACAUUUGUUUGUAAAAAGAACUGAACAUGAUAAUAAUAAUUAUGCAGUCAAUACAAAUGUUGAUAUGCUUGAAUCACCGCAGUUUGUAAAUUAAAUUAAACAGAGGCUAUUGUUUUCGAGUAUCAUAUUACCCUGAUUUGCUUGCUGGUAGAGUCAGCUUUCUUUCGACCCAUGCCUCCUGAGAG